AUGUCUCGGGCAGGAUCUUCAGCAGCUAGGAAUCUGACCCUCACCGAGGAGCUGGAAAGGCUAGAGCAAUCCAUCACACUCACUCUGCAAGAGAUCGACUCGAACUUCAGCAGGGCGCAUCGCAUAGUCACCACGAGCAUCCUGCCCCUGGUGGAGCAGUAUGGAGAGCACUCAAAGGCCGUGUGGGAGGCGUCGAAGUUCUGGAAGCAGUUCUUCGAGGCAUCCGCAAACGUGUCGUUGUCGGGGUAUGAGGAGCUAGCUGCCGACGAGGACACGACGGCCCACGAUGAGACGACAGAGCAUGGUGAGACGACAGCGGAUUACACGCCGCGCCCGGAAGGCGGAGAUCCCCAUCAGGAUGCCUCAUACCAAGCACAGGACGACUCACUGCUCGAUGGCGGGGACGGGGAUCUUACCGGGAGCACGCCUCGAGCACCGGCAAGCAAGUCACGGCCACAGUUCGCCAAGCUUGGCUCACCUUACGAGGAGCUGAAGCGUGAGAUGAGGGGUGAAGAUAACCAUGCCUCGGGUGAUGACUCCGAUACCGACAUCUUACCUCACCAACACACCACCAGACUGCCUGACAUGUCCAUGACCCCACGGUCAUCACUUGGUGCGGACGAGGGUACACAGGACGACAUCUUCUCCACUGCGCACAAGAACAAGGACCCUCUGCUCCACCGGGUCAUGGACAAGAACUACCGCAUCCAAGCAACCCCACACAAGCCCACGGGCGUCUCGCCCAUCAAGUGGAAGGUCACCGAGAAGCUCCAGCUUCAGGGUGGGGACAAGGGCAAGCAGCCAGCAUGGCAGGACAACUCCCCACAGUCCUCCCCCGAGAUGGCCAUCCCGACGCUCCGAAGCGCUGCGUUCAUGUCCCCGGUGAAGUACGGCGGCGGGGGCGGCGCGCGUGUCAGGCGUCCUAGUGGUGCGUCUGGUGCCCCGCGGACCCCCGGCGUCAGUGUCCAGACGCCUGCAACCGCGAAGAAGACCAAGGACGUCUAUGUGGACGAGGGCAAGAGGGGCCGGCAGAAGGACGAGAUCACGUGGGAGAGCGACGACGAGGAUGACGACGGCCUCUAUGGCGGGAUGAGUCCGCCCAAGACGAUCCAGUUCGCGCUGCCCCCUUCGAAGCUGCUCCAGACCCCAGCUCGAGAGGCAAGCAAGCGGAUUGUUGAUGACAUACUUUUGACGGCCGGCAUGGAACCUGAGGACUCGUCUGAAUACAGCCCAACGAUCGUCAAGAUGAAUGCAAACAUCUCGGACGACACUUUCUAA